CGAAUUGGUAUUUCCGUCGCGCAGACGCCGCCGCAGCAGGCCAGAGAAAAAAAAAGCCCAAAUUCAGAUUCCGAUCGCCGGUCGCCGCCCAAUACGGGGAUUGCGAUCGCCAUGGCCGCCACGGGCUGGUCGGAUCUCCCGUCGGAGCUCCUCACCGACAUCGCCGGCGGGAUCACCGAGCUCGCCGACAUCGCGCGCUUCCGCUCCGUCUGCUCGUCAUGGCGCUCGGCGGCGGGGGACGCCGCGGCCGCGCCCCCGCCGCAGCCGCCGUGGCUCCUCCUCCCGUCCUCCCCGUCCCGGCUCUUCUUCUGCCCCAGGGAGGACCGAAUCUACCCGGACCUCCGCCUGCCUCGCCCCGCCGCGGAUGCGCACCACCGCCGCCGCCGCCGCCUCUACGCGUCCCCUCACGGCUGGAUCCUCGCCGUCGACCCCACCGACCUCGCGGCCUCCCUCGUCCACCCCUUCACCGGCGCCACCCGCCCGCUCCCGCCGCUCCCGGCCUUCUUCGCGGAGACCGACGACCUGGCCUGGGACUGGUCCCCGCACGGCGUCAUGGCGUCCUGCGGCGAGGGCCUCCUCUUCUGCGCCGCCGCCUCCUGGGCCCCGAUCCCCGCCCUGGCCGACUGCAACGCCAGCAGCAUCAACUACGCCGCCGGCGAGUUCUUCGUCUUCGAGGAGGACGUCUGCCGCACCACCGUCGUCGACGCGGUCACCCUCGACGUUGCUGCCGUCAUCCCGGCCCCCGCCGUCGAGCUCCCCUCCGAGACGCGUCUCGUGGUUGCCGGCGAAGAGCUCUUCCUCCUCGUCAAGUCCAAGUGGAUGUACCUCUUCGGCGACGACGUCGACUUCUCCAAGGCCUUCCAUGUCAACCACCGCAGCGCCGAUCCGGCCUGGCAGGAGCUCGACGGCAUCGGCGACCGCGCGCUGUUCGUAGAUUCCCUCCACGGGUUCGCCGUGCCGACGGCGGGAUUUGGCAAUCUCGAGAGCAACACCAUCUACUCGGUGACCAGCAAGGAGGUGAACAACAGGCGUCAAACCACGGUGAACUACAGCGUCUCGGCGUUCAGCCUGGAGAGCCGGACCUCCAAGAAACUUGCGUGCCGGCUUAACGGCCGGGAGAUGGCCAUGCGUGGCGAGAUGCCAUCGUGGAUCAUACCAAGCUUGGUUGAAGGCUGAGAUUGCGUGCUUGGAGAUCUUCGUAAUUGGGAAAUCGGUCUUGCAACUUGAUAUAUGGUUCUAGGUAAAUUCUUCGGUGUCCUUGCAGGUGCAUUAUUCCUGUAAAUUCUGCCACCUAGAUUAAAUUUCUCUCAGUUAACCACGCAGUCCAUCAUACAUGAGUUAUAUUUGUUCGCAAACUUACCUCAAAUUCGAAGGUAAAUUCAGCAUCAUCUGUUGAUGUUUAAGUUGAAUAAAGUUUGUAUGAACUAUUAAUUUCAAGUUGAAUAAAGGUUGGUGAUGUCACAGCUGAGCGUGUUGAGUACUUGAGUUCAGCAUAUAAUAA